GAUUGAAAACUCUUUACUGCCAAAAUGUCGUCACUUCCCAACUCUGCCCAUUGUUCAACAUCUAGUAGUGCUUGUAGAAUCUCUCCAGAACAAAUCAAUAAGGUACGGCCCAAGCUCCCACUUUUGAAGAUUUUGCAGGCAGCAGGUGCACAGGGUGAAAUGUUCACGGUGAAGGAGGUCAUGCACUUUCUAGGCCAGUAUAUAAUGGUGAAGCAACUUUAUGACAAACAGGAGCAGCAUAUGGUGUAUUGUGGCGGUGAUCUUUUGGGAGAACUACUGGGACGGCAGAGCUUCUCCGUGAAAGAUCCAAGCCCUCUCUAUGAUAUGCUAAGAAAGAAUCUUGUCACUUUAGCCACUGCUACUACAGAUGCUGCUCAGACUCUCGCUCUCGCACAGGAUCACAGUAUGGAUAUUCCAAGUCAAGACCAACUGAAGCAAAUUGUAGAGGGAGAUUCCAGUUCCAAUUUCAGAGAAAGAACUGAAGAAAACAAUAUUCCCGUACUACGUCCCUCAAAGCACAAAUGCAGAAGUUCCGGAGAAGGUGAUGACUUGAUAGGAAAUUUGUCCCAUGAUGAGACAUCCAACCUGGACCCUGGAUUUGAGGAGUGGGAUGUAGCUGGCCUGCCUUGGUGGUUUAUAGGAAAUUUGAGAAACAACUAUACACCUAGAAGUAAUGGCUCAACUGAUUUACAGACAAAUCAGGAUGUAGGUACUGCUGUUGUUUCAGACAUCACAGAUGACUUGUUUUUGAAUGAAUCAUUGUCAGAGCAGUUUGGUGUUGGAAUAAAAGUUGAAGCUGCUGAUACCGAACAAUCAGAAGUAGGAAAAGUGAGAGAUAAAAAGGUGAUUGAAGUGGGAAAAAAUGAUGACUUUGAAGAUUCAAAGUCCAUAGAUGAUGAAACUGAUGUUGAAGUUACCUCUGAGGAUGAGUGGCAGUGUACUGAGUGCAAGAAAUUUAACUCUCCAAGCAAGAGAUACUGCUUUCGUUGUUGGGCCCUGAGGAAGGAUUGGUACUCAGACUGUUCUAAAUUAACCCAUUCUCUCUCCACGUCUGAUAUCACUGCCAUACCAGAAAAGAAAGAAAAUGAAGGAAUUGAUGUCCCUGACUGCCGAAGAACUGUCUCAGCUCCAGUUGUUAGACCUAAAGAUGUAUAUAUAAAGGAAGAAAACUCGAAACUUUUUGAUCCCUGCAACUCAGUGGAAUUCUUGAAUCUGGCUCAUAGUUCAGAAAGCCAGGAGACCGUCUCCAGCAUGGGAGAACAAUCCGAUAACAUUUUUGAACAGAAAACAUACACAGAUAACAUGGAGGAUUGCCAGAAUCUCCUGAAGCCUUGUAGUCUGUGUGAGAAAAGGCCACGAGACGGGAAUAUUAUUCAUGGAAGGACAGGCCACCUUGUCACUUGUUUUCACUGUGCUAGAAGAUUGAAAAAGACUGGGGCUUCAUGUCCUAUUUGCAAGAAAGAGAUUCAAUUUGUUAGCAAGGUUUUUAUAGCAUAGCUAAAUCUGUGCAUCACAGAGAAAUAAUUCCAAGGCCAGUCAUGUAUUUCAGUGUCAGUAUUCAGUAUCUCCACUCAGUAACUCUAUUCAUAUUCUUUG